AUGGGUGACAAGGAUAGUUUGGUUGACAUCUGCCUUAGAGUGGGAGGUGCUUUUGUCCCUAAAAGAGUAACCAAAAACAGGCAGCUGCUGUGUUGGUGUGGUGGUUGGUGUUACUGGAAGAGGAAGGUUCAAGUAUCUAAGUUGGAUGUGCAUUUGAUUAGAACAGCUGCAAUUCAUGGUUUUGUUAAUGGUGAUAUGGAUGUGCCUAUGCAUUACAGCUGUUGGUAUAGGCAGAAGGGGAAAACCUUUAACACUGGGAAAAGGGAACUAGUUAACAGUGAAGAGAAGCUCCUAGUCAGCCCAUACAAGAGGCCCAACCCAUACUAUACCAUGGACACAUACAGGUCUGCUUAUGAACCAGCUGUCCAACCAAUGCCUGGCCCAAAGCACUGGGAGACAGUCAGAAUGAGGGAACCACUACCCCCUUCUGUUAAGGUGCAACCUGGGAGACCAAAGAGCAAAAAAAGGAAGCUUGAGCCAGGAGAAUGUUCUUCUUCAGGUGGUCAGGCAAGUACCAAGAGGAAGAAGCAAUGCAGCAACUGUGGGGGAUAUAGGCAUUAUGCCAAGACUUGCAAAGUACCUGCUGCACCAGCUACAGAGCUGAUAAAGUCAGCAGGCAGACCCCCACUGAACACUCCUUGGAUGGUGGAGGAGAGGAAGAAGAAAGAGAUUAGGGCUGCUAAAAAGAGUGCAAUUGGGGCUGGACCAAACAGCAUAGGAAACAAAAAGUUUCCUCAAGAGCAAGAAGGUUGUCUGCCAUUCAGCAAGCGCCCACAGCCACAGUCUUCCUCAGCUAAGCAUUCCUCAGCUCAGCCAUCCUCUAGUCAGCCAUCCUCAGCUCAGCCUUCCUCAAGUCAGCCUGCCUCAAGCCAACCAAAAAGAAAGACAAGGUCUUCCUCAAGUCAGCCUACAACAGCCACAGGUGUUGUAACAAGGGCCAGGCUGCAAUCCCUCAACAACCUUACUCAGUGAUGUACUCAUGCUGGAUAUCAAACAUUAUGUCUGUUGAACAAUUUCAAACUUUUAUUAUGUACUCAUGACUGGUUAUGUAACUUGCUAGUUUUUUAGUGGCUUCCCUUAACAAAUUUGAACAAUUAGAUAUUGAAUUGUAAUGGUUGCAUGGCUUUGAUUGCCAUUGAAACAUGUUGAAGUAA